UCGUUCGAAAAAACACAAAGAGACCGCUGGCGAGAUGAAAAUGGAGGCAGGAGGGCGAUGGAUGGUGGAGAUGCUAUCGAGGGCGACCGUACCAACAUCUUUCACGAUUAUGACGCACGCCGUUGCGGUACUGAUGAAGACCACAGUGUUAUGAAUGAUCUACACUCAGCGACCCCUCCCAUCUCCGUACCCCGUCAUAGUGAUCCUCCGAGGCAAGAAGAUGUCAGUUAUCCACAUAAACCAGAAGACGUUCAGGCGUCUCCCCUUGACAGCUUUGUUCAAAACCGUCGACCCUCGAUCAGCUUCGACCCUAACGUCACGCUUGACUCUGGUCGACAACGUGCAUUGGAGGAACCACUGUCGAGGGGUGAUCCGAAGAAUCGUCCACAAAGGUUUCAAACAAGAAGCUCUGGGCUGAGAAAUGCUUUGUCUCAGGAAGAUGAUGGUCACAGUACCAGACAGACGAGCUGGGGCUCUAGCCCUAAACGGAUCCAGAGCCUGCGAGGGUUUCCAACUGGCAAUUCCCGUACGGGGUUCCUAUCCAGCCCUCCUGAGGAUGACAUGAAUAUGAACCCUGAAAUCGACCACCCUACCUCAUUGACAUCUGUAUCGACUGCAUCUCCUGUCGUUGAUGAACCUCGAACACCCCCGGAAAGCUGCUCGAGAGAGACGCUCUCGCCCUUUUGCAUGACAUCUCCUCUGCAAAAUUUCGCUUCACUGGACGAUCGCAGCUCUUGGUCUAGUAGCGUUAUUACACCUUUUGGAAGCAAACCUCGCGGCUUAGACCGAUCAACUAGCCUUCGAACCUCCACGCGGCCAGGCUCUCGCCGAUCUACUGUUUCAAGCGGCAAGUCUCCGGCUAGCAUGUUUUUGUCAAUGUGGAGUGCACGUGAGGAAUCUGUACCGCAACCUGAUGAAGAGGGACAGAUGGUAGGGACCGAAUAUGUCCUCGGAAAGCAAAUAGGCUUUGGGGGCUUCAGUACAGUGAAGGAAGCGUAUAAGGUCGAGGAACAUGGUGAACCGAAACGACUGGCCGUCAAGAUCGUUAGGAAACAAGUGUCUGGGAAGAAUGAGAAGGAAAACGAUGAAGUUCAGGCGGAAUUUGACCACGAAGUUCGAGUUUGGCGGUAUCUAAGCCACCCGAAUGUCCUAACACUGGAUGCUGUCUACGAAACGGACUAUGCUACUUUCUGCUUCACCAAAUUAGCAAUUGGUGGCACUCUUUUCGAUCUCGUUCGCCAAAAUCGCCGUGGUAUCGACAUCGGGGACGCAAAGAAAUACACCUACCAGUUAGCGUGUGCCUUGCGGUAUCUACACGAAGAUGCGCAAGUGGUCCACAGAGAUAUCAAACUCGAGAAUUGCCUCUUGGAUCCCGUCCAAUCCCCGGAUGGCAUGAAGUCAUCCAAUCUUGUACUCUGCGAUUUUGGAAUGGCAGAAUGGGUGGGCGCUGAUAAUGGUGCCGACUCCCCCGAUCCGUAUGACGAUGCUGCAGACCGUCCCCCUCUCAAAACCAUCGGACCCGCCGACUCGAGUACCAGUGUUGCAGGAAGCUUGGAAUAUGCUUCCCCCGAGUUACUUCAAGCCACCGCUGAUUGCGUCAUCAGUCCUGCUGUUGAUAUAUGGGCAUUCGGUGUAAUUCUGUUUUCUGUGGUUGUUGGGUCUCGGCCGUUCCAAGAUUCUUUCACUCCACGGGUCCAUUCUAACAUCCUCUCUGGGAACUGGAACCAGAAUGCUGUCUUAGGCGAAACACAAGACCAGCAGCUUCGACAAGAUCGAGGGGACGCGCUUGAGGUAAUCAAAGGCUGCCUUGAGAUGGAUGUUGACAACCGGUGGACCAUUCGCGACAUUUUAUCAUCGCGUUGGUUGCAAGGCUUCUCGGAGUGUAUGGAAGAAAAUGCAGCUGAUAAUGCUUGGAAGCUUUGAAAAGGCGGAAGCCAACCUUAUACAAUCGUGGGGGGAUUAAUUUUUCACGAUCCUCUAGUCCCCUCAUUUCUUACCCUUCAACGGGAUUGUUUACAAUAAUAUGGGGGGCUAAGAUGAACAUUAUGAUUUCGCAUUUGACGAUUAUGAUGAUGGUGAUGAUGCUCUAGCGUGCUUAUGAUAUGUCAAUCGCUGGUGUUGCUUAUGUAUCAUCUAUGAUACCCUCGUUUUUGUUUUUGUGUUUCUUGUCUUAUGAUUCAUGGCGUUUUCUAGCAAGUUU